GAGUGAAAUUCUUAUUCAAUUAUUCAACAUGGUAUCAGAGCCUGAUCCAAUUUUUUCUCCUCCCUCAACCUACACACAUUUAAAAAAAAACCUAGCAGUAUACCCGAUUAGGGUUUCUUGCUUCUGUUUGCCGGACCAGGCAGUCGCCGUCCACCGCCUUCCUUCGUCAGCCAUGGCACCACUGUCAACCGAUCCCAUGGAUCGUCUUCCUACUGGUCUCAAGUUAUUUGUCCGGAAUCUCACACCGGCAAAACUUGAUGACACAAACUAUCCUUCCUGGUCUGCUAUGGUGCGUGCGAAUCUCAUGGCUCAUCGCUUGCUUGGGUACGUCGAUGGCACCGAACCAAAACCUCCCUCUAUGAUAUUGGAUGAAAAAGCCGCCGCUCCUGCUAAGGAUGAACCUCCGAUCCUUAAGCCUAAUCCUGCUCAUGAGACUUGGCUGGUUGUGGACGCUCAACUCCGGGCAUGUCUUCUGGCUAUCGUCUCUCCAGUCGUGCAAACCCAUAUCCAUGCGCUCCCUACCGCGGCUGAUAUCUGGAACCACCUAGAGCAGCGGUACAAUUCUUUAUCUCGUACACAUAUUUUUCAGUUGAAGGAACAACUCCAUGGUCUUCAAAAAGGACCACCACAGGCUUAUCAUGUGAAUCAAUCUGUUGAACCAAGUCAGAACUGGCAUCUGGACACUGGCGCAAAUGCCCACGUGACCUCUGAUCUCUCACGGCUUCAGUACUCUACUCCGUAUCAUGGCACUAAUUCCAUUACUGCUGCGGGAGGGGUGGCUUCGGGUUGUUCACUGUCAGCGUGGCUGGCUUCGGGUUCGUCAGUGUCGGUGGGAAUGGAAGCAGAGAUAUUGGGUAGUAUGGCUUGUGGGGAUAGAUUGGGCAAGAGAGGUGAUAUGCACAUAUUUUAUACACUAUUUAGACAUAUUUUGAAGGAGUUUUGAGUCCCAAUUGAAUUUAAUAUUUAUAUUUUAUUUCAAUUUUCCGUUUUAUUUGUGUAGAGCGGUCCUAUGCUUGGUUUUAUAUGUUUUGCAGGCAUUUUGAGGAGUUUUGAGUCCCAAUUGAAUUUAAUAUUUAUAUUUUAUUUCAAUUUUCCGUUUUAUUUGUGUAGAGCGGUCCUAUGCUUGGUUUUAUAUGUUUUGCAGGCAUUUUGAGGAGUUUUGAGUCCCAAUUGAAUUUAAUAUUUAUAUUUUAUUUCAAUUUUCCGUUUUAUUUGUGUAGAGCGGUCCUAUGCUUGGUUUUAUAUGUUUUGCAGGCAUUUUGAGGUCAUUUGGAUGCAUUUAGGAUAAUUGCAAGGACGGAAAAUAAACAUGGAAGUUUGGGACCAAAAUAAAUGGAAGAAACUUGAAGGAAUGAAGGAAUUAAACAAAAAUAAAGCAUAAAACAGGGAAUAGUCG